UCCUCCAACCUCUGCUUACUUAGCUUUUAAGCAGCACGAUUCUGAAGAAGAAGCUCCUCCCAGCCAAACAGAACCCUUACCUGAACUCACCUGGAGCCCAAAGUGCUGAAAUGGUGAAUCCUGGAAGACCGUAUUGUAGUCUUACUAUGGCUUCAUUACACUCUGCUGAUUCCAACAACCAGAGCCACUCUGGAUCCAACUAUUCUGGACUGGUGACCAGUUGCACGAGUCAAGGGAAGAACUGGCCCGCUUUGAUCAUUCUGGUCAUCAUCUUCUUCACCGUUGGUGGGAAUAUUUUGGUAAUACUGGCAGUGUCCUUGGAGAAGAAGCUGCACAAUGCCACCAACUUCUUCCUGCGCUCGCUGGCUGUAGCAGACCUGCUCGUGGGAGUCCUGGUGAUGCCAGCGGCACUCAUCAACAUCCUCUACAAUUACUCGUGGCCGCUGCCCCACGUGUUGUGCCCCAUGUGGAUCUUCCUGGAUGUGCUCUUCUGCACCGCCUCCAUCAUGCACCUGUGUGCCAUUUCUUUGGACCGCUACGUCGGCAUCCGCAGCCCCAUCCAGCACAGCCGCACCAACUCCCCCUACAGAGCCAUGACCAAGAUCACUGCAGUCUGGACCAUCUCCAUGGUCAUCUCCGUACCCAUCCCUGUGAUCAGCCUGCAGGAUGAGCAGAAGGUCCUGGUGAACGGCAGUUGUGUCCUCACUGAGCCACGCUUCAUACUGGUGGGUUCCUUCGUGGUGUUCUUCCUUCCCCUCAUCAUCAUGGUGGUCUGCUACUGCCUGACCAUGCGGGUGCUCCAGCAGCAUCUGGCCACCUUCUCUACUGAGUGCAGGAACUGUGCUAACACCAAGCAGCCAUCACCUCAACCCAGCCUCCUGAGAGUGUUGCAGCACCUCAGCCCUCCGCUGAGGGUCCGUGACUGCACAGGUCCGCGAGGUCAGGGGAAACGGCGCAUGGCUCAGGCCAUCAAGAAUGAGCGCAGGGCCUGUCAGGUCUUGGGUGUGGUCUUUUUCCUCUUCCUGGUCAUGUGGUGUCCAUUUUUCAUCACCAACGUGUUGAUUGCCAUGUGCCAGGAUGGAUGCAGUAAACACUUGCUCAGACUAAUGGACAUUUUCGUAUGGGUGGGCUACGUUUCCUCCGGAGUCAACCCGCUCAUCUACACCCUGUUCAACAAGAACUAUCGCCAUGUGUUCUCCCGCUACCUGCGCUGUAGCUAUCACAAACACGCUAAACCUGUGCUCAGUAACUCAGCCUGUCAGGUGUAUUCGGUUACACCCACCCCUGUGCUGUGCGAGAGGAGCUUCACAGACACUAACGCCAACAGCGUUUCAGGGUUCGCUGGCUCCACUCGGGUGCACAAACAAGACGAGAUGCUGAAAGAAGGUGUUAGUAAUUUUGCUAGUUCCAAAGAUAACAUCAGUAGAGUCUGA